AUGAUAUUCCAGUGGUGCAAUGGAGUCUACUUUUUUAUGUUUACGGCUUUUAAUCAGCAUAGGUACUUUCCUGAUGGCAUUGAUAUUUACUUUGAAAAUGUUGGUGGAAAAAUGCUUGAUGCAGUACUACUCAACAUGAGGGUCCGUGGGCGAAUUUCUGUUUGUGGAAUGGUCUCACAAUACAAUCUCGUGCAGUUCGAAGGUGAUCAUAACUUGAUGCAUCUUGUGCCGCAACGCAUUCAUAUGGAUGGGUUCGUGGUCUAUGAUUUCUUUCACCUGUUCCCAAAAUAUCUAGACAUAGUUUUGCCUUAUAUCAAACAAGGAAAGAUUUUGUAUGUGGAAGACAUAGCAGAAGGCCUUGAAGGUACUCCGGCAGCUCUAACUGGACUCUUCGCCAGCCGCAAUAUUGGAAAACAAGUGGUUGCAGUUUCUCGUGAAUGA